CCGUGACGUAUAGAAAGCUGAGCCAAUCACAGACAAGCAUGCUGACGCGGAGAAAUUUAAAAGGCUCUCCGAGUUGGUAACAACAUGCCGGUGAAACUGCCGAUUGUCACCGCAUCAGACGAAGAGAUGAGCCAGUUCGACUCGUCUGACUCCGAGGAGGAGGGGCAGCUCCAGACGGACCCUGUUCAGGUGGACUGGUUGAGUUUAUCCAGUGUUGGUUGUGAGGAAAGCCUGGGGAUCUGUGCACUGCCAGGUUGCAGAUUUAAGGAGACAUGGAGAAGUUUGGAUGCUGAUUUGGAGGACCUGAAGGCUCAGUCCAUCCGUGACAUUUUUGUCCUGUGCACCCGCGGGGAGCUGCACAAGUACCGCGUGCCGCGCCUGCUGGAGCGAUACGAGGAGGCGGACUUCACCGUACAUCACCACCCCUUCCCGGACGGCACUGUGCCCGCCAUGGCCGCGUGCGUCAAACUCUUGGACGAGCUCAAACUUUGCUUGUCUCAGGGGAAGAAAACACUGAUACACUGUUAUGGAGGGCUGGGAAGGUCCUGUCUGGUUGCAGCUUGUUUGCUGUUGUACCUGGGAGAGAACACAGACCCACAGGCUGCCUUACAGAGAGUACAGCAGGUCAGGGGUCAUGGAGCUGUACAGACUGUCAGGCAAUACAACUUCCUGAACGAUUUCCGUAAGAACCUUGAGGAGUACGAGGCCAGUGAUGAGGCACAGGCGCAAGGACGGUCCCUGUCCCGCUGAACCAGUCAUGGUCAUGGGCCGGCAGCUGACCUCCAAGCAGAUGAAGGGUAAUAAUGUUUUAUGCAUGUCUUUUGUGAGCUUUUCAUAUGCAUUUCUGGUGGUCCUCAUUUUUCCCUCUUUGUCUUCUGUUGAAAAAGGUGGACCACUAGAAAGACGUUUAUGAAGCCUGAAAGAUGUGCAGAUAAACAAUGAGCCAAACCAGACAUCUGCCUGGAGACAACAGGAGGCUCUACAUUAUGAACCUGGGAGCAUGGCCUCAGCCCUGGCCUGGGAGUGUGUGGAUUGUAAAUACUAGGAUCCAAUGGAUCCAGAAAUCUGGAUGGAUCUGCAGUCAGCUAUUGAGUGUUCUCAUUGAAUUAAAUUGUAAUGAUCAUGAUGAAACUUGAAAAAAAUGACGUACACCGUUAUACCGGUAUAUGUAUAACUAACCAAAGGGGACUGUCCCACCACUGAUUUGUCUCCAGAAUGGUAGAUAUCACCGGGCAAAGGUGAAGGUGGCAUUGCUGGGUAAUAAGCUAUUUUUAUCACUUUAUGCUGUACAUGACAGACAGGUGCUCCAUUCGGGGUCCAAUUCAGUCUGACACAAAAGGUACCGGGGGAGGAAUGAUGAAUAGCAGGGAUUCCUCUUUGUCCUUUGAUGGGGGAAAGCUGGUCAUCUGUUUGCAUCAAGGCCUGACACAUACUUGAGACCCCAAUAAGCCGGAAUGAUGACAGAACAUUGAGAACACUGGCGUUGACUG